AUGAGAAGAAGUGAACAAAUAUUAGAAUUGGCUCUUAUACAGGCAAAAGAAGAAAGUUAUAAAGCAAAAAAACGUCCACAGUAUGAUGCAGAGAGUGAUGUGGUAAACAUACAAAUUCCCAUUUCAAUUACAAACAGCAGGUGGGUUGAGGAUAGAGUGGUGAGUAGCCCUAUGAAUAGUGACCAGAAAAACAAGCAACAAUGGAAAAGAAAUGUGGCUGCUAAAGCAAGAGAAUGUGGAGAAAGUUGCUUAUCUCGUAAAGGUGUAGUGAUUCCUGCCAAGCGCAUUAUUGAGGAUAAUAUUAUUUCUAAUGAGAAAUGUCGAUUAAAAUGUUCAACUAGGAUUAAACAAGAUACAAAAGUAUCAAUUUUAAAUGACUUCUACUGA